AUGGCCAAAGGUUUCUCCCAAGAGGCGCUGGAUUUCGUGGAUCGGCGAAUUCCCUCUGCGCCACUGGACGCAGACAAUGCCGAUAAAACUAUGGGAGAGGCACUCACCCUCCCAUGCGCCCCAUACUACAAUAUUCCCGAGCGUACUGUGGGGCAGGUCUCCAAUAUUGAGCGAGUCUGCCGUUGGGUCAUGGAAUACCCCCUGACAACCUCUCAACGCAUUCUACAUCUCACUAUGCCACAAACAGAUGACUGGAGUUUUUCACCUGAGAAGCAUGCCCGUGAUAUCGACAUGGACAAAGACAUAUUCCGGUACACCACUUUUAGUGCCGCUGCUGCACCUCUGUCUCCCAGAGGGUGCCCAAUACCUUCAGUCACUGUGGUCAUACAGCCACCGUGGAUACUUUCCCCGCAAGAUCUUGUGGCAUUUGUAGGUUGUGGAGCACUUCCUCCUUAUAAUCCGCAUGGCGCAGGCAGAGAUUAUACCUGCAGUCAGAGGCUGUGGAGCAUGAUCUGGGAUGUCUGUUUGCUGAGGCGAGCCAGUAGACUAGAACUUCUUCCACGGUAG